GAGAUGGGAAAGGAAGCCAGGUGCCCUGAGACAUGGGGUUAUCUGCCCCCGUGACUCCCUCUGUCUCUUCCAGGAGAGAACCCGCUAGUGGUGAAUACCAAGAAGGCCUACCCUGCUUCCGCAAUGGGUCUCUCUCGGGAUGGGCUCAGCCUGCUCUUGUUCCUGGUGCUGGCCUGGUGCCUGGCCCCACCUGCCCGCUGCCAGGGCCCGCGCUACGAGAAGUUCCUGCGGCAGCACCAUGACCACCCGCGGACCAACGCUGGGCGGGAUUACUGCGGGGCCAUGAUGCAGCGCCGGGGGAUGGCCCGGCCCUGCAAAGACAUCAACACCUUCAUCCACGCCCCCAAGGCCCAGAUCCAGGCUGUCUGUGGCUCCGGGGGCAUCGAGUACUGGGGAAGACGGCGCAGCCGGGCUCAGUUCCCCGUCACCACCUGCUCGCUGAAGGGCCCCCCGUGGGGCCGGUGCAGCUACCUGGGCCACGCCAACCACAGAUUCCUCGUUGUCACCUGCGACCCGGCAGGCUGGCCCGUGCAGUUCGACGAGAGCCACAUCAUGUGACAGGGCCAGGCACCACGCCCUGCCCCGCCUCGGCAUGGAACUGAGUCCUCAGCCACUUGUUGUGUUGAGUGGGCCAGACCCCCGGCUGGUGUGAAAGGACCAUAGCUCUAUGGGGGUCAAUGGGGCCAGCCCCCCAGCUGGUGUCAAUCAGCAUCUCUCCAUUAACAUUGGCACCAUGGGAGCAGUGCUUCAAAGCCAUGCAGCUCCUGUCCGGUGAGGUUUGCUCUGGACACAAGCCCAGGACUGCCCAGGCCAUGCAGGCUGCCUGGUCGUUCGCCCUGCUGCGUGUGUCUCCAGGCGGCCUGGACACCAGACGUGCUGCAAAA